UAGGCCCACUUGUUGACUCUGGUUUGUUUAGGUCUCGGGAGCUCAUUCAGAGAGCACUGCUAGAGAACGACUUCAUGAAACAUUUGGAGCACGGACAGAUCCUGACUAUAAUGGAAUGCAUGCACCCAACCAGUGUGUCCCAAGGAUGCUGUGUCAUCCAGGAAGGAGACGAUGGUUCCACCGUUUAUGUUCUGGAAGAGGGUAUGGUGGAAGUUACCAAAGAAGGGAAGAAGCUGUGCACCAUAAAUGCAGGGAAAGUGUUUGGGGAGUUGGCCAUCCUGUACAACAGCAGUCGGACAGCUACCGUUACAGCCCUGACGGACAUCAAGCUGUGGGCGAUAGACAGACAGGUGUUCCAGACCAUCAUGAUGAGGACUGGACUCAUCAAACACUCCCAGUACAUGGAGUUCCUGCGCAGUGUUCCCUCCCUGCAGGCCCAGCCCGUGGACGUCCUCAGCAAACUGGCCGAUGUUCUGGAGGAGACUCAUUACAGCGAUGGUGAUUACAUCAUCCGCCAGGGCGCCACUGGCGAUACCUUCUUCGUCAUCAGUGAAGGACAGGUCAAGGUGAGCCAGCAGAACUCUGUGAGCGAGGAGCUGGUGUUUCUGAACACGCUGACCAAGGGAGAGUGGUUUGGGGAGCAGGCCCUCAAAGGCGAGGACGUCCGAAUGGCCAGUGUCACAGCUGUGGGUGACGUCACCUGCUUGGUCAUCGAUCGAGAUACGUUCAAACAGCUUAUCGGCGGUCUGGAACAGGCGGACAACAAGCUGUAUGACAGCGACGAGCUCAAGGCAAAGGUUGAGGCUGAGGAGGUGUACUUCUCCAGCGUGUCUCUCGAUGACUUCAACGUCAUCUGCACCCUCGGGAUGGGGGGCUAUAGCCGCGUGGAGCUGGUGCAGUUGAAGAGCGACAGCAGCCGUUCGUUUGCGAUGAAGGUGCUGAAGAAGAGACACAUCCUGGACACCAGCCAGCAGGACCACAUCCUGUCUGAGAGACGCAUCAUGAAGGAGGCCCACAGUCCCUUCACCGUCAGGCUGUACCGCACCUUCAAGGACUCAAAGUACCUCUACAUGCUGCUGGAAUCCUGUCUGGGAGGAGAGCUGUGGUCACUGCUCAGAGACAGGGGUUCGUUUGACGACGGCACCACGCGGUUCUACACGGGCUGCGUGAUCGAGGCGCUGGCCUUCCUCCAGUGCAGGGGCAUCAUCUACCGGGACCUCAAGCCCGAGAACAUCAUCCUGGACCAGCGCGGCUACGCCAAGCUGGUGGACUUUGGCUUCGCUAAGAAGGUGGGUCUGGGUAAGAAGACCUGGACGUUCUGCGGUACCCCGGAGUACGUGGCCCCCGAGAUCAUCCUGAACAAGGGCCACGACAGCUCGGCCGACUGCUGGUCCCUCGGGAUCCUCAUCUUCGAGCUGCUGAGUGGCAGCCCCCCGUUCUCGGGUUCCGACCCCAUGAAGACGUACAACAUCAUCCUGAGAGGCAUCGACAUGGUCGAGUUCCCCAAGAAGAUCACCAAGAGUGCUGCCAACCUCAUCAAGCGUCUGUGCAGGGACAACCCAUCUGAGCGUCUGGGGAACCAGAAGAACGGGGUGAAGGACAUUCAGAAACACAAGUGGUUUGAGGGAUUCAACUGGGAGGGGCUCCGCCAGGGGACCAUAGACUCCCCCUACACCCCCACUGUGACCGGGCCGCUGGACAACAGUAACUUCGACUACUUCCCCGAAGACACCGACGAGCCCCCGGACGAGGAGUCAGGCUGGGACCUGGAGUUCUAGAGAGAGGAGCUCUCUCAGCACUGUGUGUUAUAAAGUGUGUUGUACGCGUUGCUAUUCAUUGUUACCCUUGGAUAUGUUUGUAUUGUCUGAUGUUUUAGGGAGAAAUUGGUCAACAGGGUUGG